AUGGUCGGCUUACUUGCGCGCACUGUCGCCCUCUCUGGCUUGCUUGCGUCUGCCCUCGGCCGCGCGACGCACAGGCUCGUUGACCCUCAGGCUGUCGCCCCGCUUGCAGAACUGCAGAACAGGGAUGCCUCAUCUGCUGAUCAUCAUCGCAACGGGCCCUCCGCUGCCAUCCUCGGGCUGGUGCUCGCGGCCAAUGUCACCACGGACACCGUCCGCGACGCAUUCUACGACGCGAAGAUAGUCCCCGACGUCCUCCCCUCGUUCGAUCCUACCCUCUUACUUGAAGUGAACUUCACGAACCCUGGGUUGGAGAACUCGAGUGUAAUCGUCGAGCCCGGCGCUCUGUUGACGAGGAAUCAAACCAAGUUUCUCCCCGAGUUCUAUAUCAGCAACUAUACUCAGGACGAUGCCGCGAAGGCCUAUGUUGUCGUGCAAGUUGACCCAGACGCGCAUACACCCCAGGAUCCCGACGUCGCCCAAGUCCGCCACCUCCUGGCCGGGAACUACACCACCGAUGGCGACAGCGCAGGCGAUCCCCUUCCCCUGUUCAACAGCAGUGUCGCAGUCUCGGACUGGGUGCGCCCGAGUCCGCCUGCAGGGAGUGACCCUCAUCGCUACGUCCUCCUACUCUACCCACAGCCCGAAAACUUUACCGUCGACUCCAUCGCACCGCUCGUCAACGCAUCCUCCCCGAUUACGCUCUUCAACAUCAGCGAGUUCGCUGAGCUGACGGGGCUCGGGCUGCCCGUGGCUGGAACAUACUUCUUGACGGGCCCGGAUGCGGACAGCACCUAA